UCCUGUGUCGUCAGUGUUAAAAGGUGUGCCCCUUUCUUUUGUCGCGAAUUUAGUGCAGACAUGUCGCGUCUGGUUCUCCCCAUCUUUUUGGUUCUCUCUCUCACCUUGCUCCACCAGGGAUAUAGCCGUCCAUCUCGUACCAGGAAAGCAGUGCCAGCACAACAGAGAGAUGAGGAUGAUGUAAAGUCACAGCUGGAGAAGCUGUGGCAGGAGGUGAACUCCCUGAAGGAGAUCUCGGCUCUGCAGACAGUUUGUCUCCGUGGCAUCAAAGCUCACAGGAAGUGUUACCUGACCAUCGAGGAACCCAAGCACUACCAUGAGGCCAACGAACACUGCAUCGCAUGGGGUGGAACCCUUGCCACUCCACGUGACCUCAAUGAAAACAAUGACCUGAGGGACUAUGCCAAGAGGAGUGCGCCAGGUACCAAGGAGUUCUGGAUCGGUGUGACAGACAUUGUGAAGGAGGGCCAGUACGUAGACGUCAACAGCAUGCCCAUCAGCUACUUUAACUGGGACAAGACCAAGAAGCAGCCAACAGGGACCAAGAGGGAGAGCUGUGUUGUGCUCUCACUGGCUGCACAGGGAAAGUGGCAUGAUGAGGUCUGCCUUGGCAAGAAAAAGUACAUUUGUGAAUACCCCAUUCCCUAACUUGUGUACCACCAUGCAAACCAGAUGGUUGUUGACAACCUGAUGAUCAUUUAUGCUGGUCAUUAAAAAAUACAUAUGAAAUGGUA